AUGCUUAGUUUGGGAGUUGUGUCACCUUCACAGUCAGCUUGGAACUCACCUGUAGUAAUGGUUCAGAAGCCAAAUGGGGACCUAAAGCUUUGUCUAGAUUGUAGAAAAUUAAAUGCAGUUUCCAAACCCGAUGCGUAUCCUCUCCCGUAUAUAAGCAGCAUAUUGGACCAGCUCCGCGACGCGAAAUACCUAACGUCAAUAGAUCUUUCCGCUGCAUAUUGGCAAAUACCCUAUGAUAGCGAGCAAUCAGCUGAUAAGACCGCGUUCACAGUGCCACGUAGGGGGUUAUUUAGAUUCAAUGUAAUGUCGUUUGGCCUUGUUUCCGCGUCAAGCACAAUGCAGAGAUUAAUGGAUAGGCUAUUUGGUCCCGAAUUUAACAACAAAGUAUUCUGUUUCCAAGACGACAUAAUCAUAAUAUCCAGCACUUUCUCAGAACAUGUGCAGCUCUUGCAUAAGGUCUACGCAAAACUCAGGGACGCAAACUUGACUAUAAACAUGGAUAAGUCUAUUUUUUGCCGUAGAGAACUUAAGUACUUGGGAUAUUUAGUUGACAAACAUGGACUUAGAACUGAUCCGGGAAAGGUUGAUAUUAUAUUGAAUUAUCCAACUCCAACUUCCGCUAAAGAGGUUAAAAGGUUUCUAGGCAUGGCAGGCUGGUAUAGGAGGUUCAUUAACAAUUUUUCGAAAAUUAGUAAACCGUUGAAUAAAUUAACUAGCAAAAAUGUCCGCUUUGAAUGGACUACGGAGGCAGAUGAGUCAUUUAACCACUUAAAAACCGCUUUAGUGUCUGCUCCGAUACUUAAAUGUCCAAACUUUGAUUUGCCUUUUUCUAUCCAUUGUGACGCUUCCUCAGUGGCUGUGGGCGGAGUCUUAACCCAGACUUAUGACGGGGUAGAACAUCCCAUAGCAUACUGCAGUCGGUCUCUUGCCAAAAAUGAAAUUAAUUUUUCCACAUCGGAGAGAGAACUUAUGGCCGUGAUUUACGCAUUAGAGCAAUUUAGAUCUUAUGUAGAAGGUACAAAGUGUAAAAUAAUAACCGACCACGCCUCGUUAUUAUGGUUUUAUAAAUUAAAUAACCCAUCAGGUCGCUUAGCCAGGUGGAGCAUGCGAUUGAGUCAAUUUGAUUUCGAAAUAGAACACAGAAAAGGUAAAUUAAAUGUUAUUCCAGACGCACUAAGUAGGAUUCAAGUUGAUGCAAUCGCUACGCCAGCAACCAGUGAUGCGUGGUAUAGACAUGUAUACGAAGAUGCCAACCCUCGCAAAUAUCCCCACUUCAUGGUAAAAGACGAUAGAUUGCUUAGGUACUCUAAAAAUAAAUAUGAGUUAACGAAUGAGUUUAAUUGGAAGUUAGUGGUACCCGAGGAAGACAGGUUAGAUAUUUUAAAGAAAUGUCAUGAUGAACCAGUUAGUGCUCAUUUGGGUGUCUUUAAAACCCACAAGCGUCUUAGUCUUAAUUAUUACUGGCCCAGCAUGUACCGAGAUGUGAAAGAAUAUGUUAAAAAAUGCGAGAUAUGUAAACAAUAUAAACCCGUGAACACGGCUAGACCUGGUUUAAUGGGAAACCCGAAGGAGGUUAACAAACCCUGGGAGGCCAUAUGUUGCGAUUUGCUAGGCCCAUUUCCGGUUUCUCGCAAUAGGAAUAUUCACUUAAUUGUAUGUACAGACUAUUUUAGCAAGUAUGUCAUGUUGCAUCCUAUACGGAUCGCAACAGGCGCUGCGGUCGCUAAGUUCAUAGAAGAGAAAGUGUUCCUAGUACAUGGCCAGGUGGUUGAAACAAUGGAUUCGUUACCAACGACCAAUCUGCUUGAAUUCAAUAAAGAUGCACUUCAAAUCAUUCGUAAGGAUUAUAAUUUGGAUAAGCCAGGGAGUAUGGAUCAAGCCAUCGACAUUUUACAAGAGUGGGUGAAAAAACAAAAUCAUUUCGAGAAAAAAGAUUAUCCCAGAGAAUAUUUGGAGAGGAGAAUAAUUUUUUGCAAGGGUUCAGUGGAGCGCGCAAAGUCAAAAAUAGACAGAAAUUGCACUCUUAGGACUUUGAUGCCGCAGUUCUAUAAAUAUGUCGAUUUUAAGACUGAAUACAAGUAUUCGGACAUUAUAUGGGACGGGCUGCUACCUAAAAUGACUGAUGACUAUUACAGAAUUUAUGUAGUAAAAAAUGUUGGAAAACGUUUUGAUAAGGAUAUUGUAAUGAGUUACUUUCGAUGGAUGAUUGCAAUUGCAGAAUACGCACUAGCGAAUGAUUAUAGCAGAGGUGUAAUAUUAAUUGUAGACUUUUUGGACACUAAUCUAAUAGAAUUAAUAAAGUUCCUGGACUUCGUUGAAUUGCACCAAGCUAUAACAUUAAUAAUUGAGUUGGCUAUCUGGGUUCCUAACAAAGAGCCACCUGCAGUUAGCAUUCAGGAGGAGGUGGAUGCAAAUUCAGUGGGGGAAGCAUCACAGAAUGUUUUAGACUCUGAAGACUACCAUUCAGAUUCUUCGGUGUAUGAGGAUGGGAAUGAAACUUCUGAAACCUCAACUACAGAUGACUUAGUACAAGAAGCCCAGAUGACAUCAAAUCCAGAGCAGGAGCAUAUUUUGUCUAGUAAGCGUUCCAGAAAAAAACCUGAUCGUUCUCUUGAAACUGAUAAUUCAAAACUUGUUUUGGGUGCAGAAUUUAAAUUAAAAGAUUUGAGACCUGUAAGACAUUAUUUAGGCAUGAGAAUAAAUGUAGAUAAAAAUAAGAAAGUAAUACCUUUAGAUCAACAACAGUAUAUUGAACAGUUAGCUUCUAUAUUCAAUAUGUCAGAUUGUAAAAUAUAUAAAACCCCAAUUAAAUGUAAAUUAAAUGUUAAGAAGGCUUAUGAAUGUGUACCUGAUCUUCCGUAUCAAAAGUUAAUUGGAUCAUUGAUGUAUUUAGCUGUACUAACUAGGCCAGACAUAUCCUAUUCUGAUGGCUACGCAGUGAGAAUAAAAGCUAUACAUGCAAUUACGCCCUCAAAAACUGUAGAAACCAUAAUUGCAUUAUUUAAACAAAUUGUCAGCGCAAAAUUAAGUCAACGCAUUCAAAUACACAAGGAUUUGGAAUCACUGCACAAGGUUGUCCAGAGAGAUGUGCUACCAGAAGAGCUAGGCGGGAAUGAGAAAUCUAUGACUAAAAUAAACAAAGAAUGGAUAGACGUUCUUAGUUCAGAGGAGUUCCAAGAAUAUUACAGCGAAAUGAAAGCAGCUUCCACAAAAGAAAAGUACAGACUAACUGAUAAAUUUAGCGAGGAGUAUAUGGGAAUAGCAGGCACAUUUAAAACAUUAAAUGUAGACUAG